AUGGGUACAAUAUGGUCGAUCGGUUUUUGUACGGCGCUCAUCUUAUGCGCACCAGCUUCUGCCAAGAAGAAUGCCCAAGCACCGAACGAUUUUUUGCCACAUCGCAACCAGUACGAUCAAUCAAGCCAGCAUCGAGCUGAUGUGGCUUCAAGUCAAUUUCCACCUCCUCCACCUUCCUCGAUGCUUCCUAGAUUUCCCUCCAACCAAGAGGAUUUGAGUGCAAAAUUUUCUGCAGACGGUGUAUUCGACGGAAAUACAGCCUUAGAUGAUGAAACAUGGGGGUUGAAAAGCAGUCGAAUCCGGUCUGAAGCGUCAAGAUCAAGUGCUCAAGUGUCGCCGAAAACGAGACAAGACUCUUUCGGUACUUCAGAUUUGGCAAUUCACUAUGAUUUCCCUGCCGUUGUUGAGACGCAGAAUAGCGAGGAUAAAGACCUCAGUCAGCAGUUCUCUUCCGCGAGACGUGACAAGAUUACAGGCUACAUGUCUUCGACAAAUGGAAGGAUUCAAGUUGUCAGUAGCGCCUCUUUUAUUGGCGGUGGAGCUGGGCUUUUUGUUGCAAAGUCCAUAAUUCCGUUCGCAGCAAAUCUUAUGGGUGUUCUUGGAGCUGCUAUUUUCUUUGUUGGGUCAUUCUUUCGGACACCAUUUGGAGAGCUAGUUCGAGCUUUGGGCUUGAGUUUGAUUUUGGUGCUCCAGCGGACGUCGAAUGUGCGAAAAAAGUACCCAACAUGGAGAAGGCCUGGUGAUGUGAAUUUUUCAAUGCUUUAUUCACUUUUGGCAAUGUCAUUUAUUGGCAGUUUCUGUGGAGGGAGCAUCCCAAUCAUUCCAACCUGGAUAGGCUCAUUAGCUGGUACAGGAAUGUGUGCUUUUCUUUGCACCCUUUCAUCGGCAAAGGGUGACCUAUGCCGUACGAUGGGAAUGCGUAUUGUAGCUCUUCUCCAAGAGCUGUGGCAUAUUCAGACUGAACUCAGAAUUAUUCCAAAGGCAGCAGUUGUUACGAGCCAGGUUAUUGACAAGAUGAUGCUGUUUGACCGACAGCAUAGGAUCAAAGACAGAUUUCUUUCACUUGCUACCCGAGCUUACGAGAAAAUCACGUCAGAAAUUCAAGAUGACGGAGGCAGUCCCAGAUCGUCUCCACCGACUAGCCGUCGUGAAGACGAUUUAGGGAACUAG